AUGUGCGAUCACAUUGUCAAUGUCAUUAAGACGUACAUUACCCAAGACCCAGGUUUGCCUCGUGCCAAUCCGACGGCAUCGUACUGGCAACAUGUUCCUCACGAACUCUCUAAUGUCAAAUCUGCACAACUGCCAGCCGAUACCGAUAUUGCAGUCAUCGGCUCCGGUAUCACUGGCGCUAGCGUGACCAAGACGCUGCUGGAAAAAGAUCCAUCUGCCAGAAUCACUGUCUUUGAGGCGCGUACCCUCUGCUCGGGUGCAACUGGUCGUAAUGGCGGUCAGCUGGCGACCAACGCCGGAGAAGCCUACUUCGAGCUGAAAGAGCGAUUUGGCAGCUACAUGGCUGGGAAAAUUGCCGCGUUUACUUUCAUGACGUGUGAUAGGAUGCGUGAGAUCAUUGCGCAGUAUGCACCUGUUGACAGCGAGUAUCGGGAAGUAACCAAGGUUCGGGCAUUUCUGGACAAGUUGUCCUUCGCCAAAAUGAAGAACAGUAUUGCGCAGAUGGAAGCCGAUCAUCCAAGCUUGAAAGGCGUUUACAAAAUCAUCGACAGUGAGACUCUACUAAAGACGCACGGCGUUCAUGGCGCGGUCGGCGGAGUUACGCUCCCUGCCGCGGCGAUGUGGCCGUAUCGCAUAGUCAGCAACAUAUUCCAUGCUCUUCUCAGCGAGUACCCUGAUCGUCUUAGCAUUGAAACCAACACUCCUGUCAUGUCAGUGGAGCGCGUGGGCGGCAAAUACAUUCUGACCACUCCGCGCGGGCAAACCACCGCGGGAAAAGUUGUUUACUGCACCAACGGCUACACUGGCCAUCUCCUACCCAAAAUGAGAGGGCUUCUGUUCCCAGUCCGUGGCACGAUGAGUGUCCAAGAUCUCGGGCCAAAUGUCCCCAACAAAGGCGCCUCUGAGUCUUUCGGCUUUCACUAUGAACCGUACUACGAUGAGAAAAGCCAGACGCUUGCAGAUGGCCUGUGGUAUCUUACCCAGAGCGCCAAGACGGGUUAUUUCUUCUUUGGUGGGGAAAAGGGGACCAUUGACGAUACUUUGACAGCAGAUGACACCGUCCUCACCGGUCAUGCGCUACUACACCUCCAGAACAUGUUGCCGAGGUUCUUCAAUUACACGGAUGUGAAAAAAGACCAGCUCGUCAGCGCGUGGAGCGGUAUUAUGGGCUUUACUGCAGAUGGUGCGCCAUACAUCGGCCGGCUUCCGUUCUCAGUUACUGGCCGCAAGGGCGAUGAAGAGUGGCUGGCUGCCGGAUAUUCUGGGUACGGUAUGCCAUACUGUUGGCUAGCUGGUGAGGCACUCGCCAAUAUGGUUACUGGACAAAGUCCUGUGGAUAUGGACUGGUUGCCGGAAGCGUACCUCAUCAAGGAGGAGCGACUUUCGCCGACAGGAAUCGAAGACGUGGCCGAAAUGCUUGCUUCUUUCAGGUGA